AUGUCGACCCCACGCCAUCGGUCUCACGACGGAUGCUGGACCUGUAAACGAGUCAGGAGGAAAUGCGACCGGACCCGACCAAUAUGCAAGGUGUGCAGUAGCCGUGGGGUCUCCUGCGAAGGGUAUGAGAUAAGGCUACGGUGGGGAACCGGCAUUGCGUCGCGUGGCCGAUUUACUGGCGCCGAAGAGCCAGUGGAGGCUUCCAUUCCUCCUCGAGUCAAAGGCAGGCGACGCGAUCUGAGUCGAGAAAGGCGCCGAAAGCGUGACAACGGCGGCAAUGGUAAGGCCGAGGCAGGUUCUUAUCGUCCCCAGGGAGGUAGCGCAGUAGCCGAACGGACUGCCGAUGUACGAUCGAACGAACAAGAUCGAUUGUUUGAAGAAUUUCUUUCGUAUGGAAUCAAUAUCCUUCAUUCAACCUCGGUCAACGAUGAGCGAAAUCUCCUCGAAUCGAGACUACCGAUCUUGUGUCAACAGUCAAGCUCCUUGUACGCAAUCUGUGUGGCGCUACAGGCUUCCCUCAAGCCAAAUGCGAAGCCUCACUUUUAUGAACAUUUCGACUUAGCCUUGAAUUUGUUCCGCACAGAACUAUCAAGCAACGUGGCAUAUUUGGAGGAUGGCACCUUCACGGCGGGACUGCUGCUCUGCAGCAUUGGGCUUAUGCAUGCCAUGCCAUGGACGAUGCACCUGCACGGAAUGUACGGUAUCCUGCAGGCACAUGGACUCUAUGGUCUCGGCGAGCGAACGGAAUUCCGCGCGCACUUAUUAGAAGUGAUGGGAGUCAUGGAUUUACCAACAUUUACCGUGGGUCGAAGUACCUCUCUCGGCUUCUGGCGACAGCAUUGUCGCGACCGAGUGUCCUUGCAGCAUCCCCUCGGGGAUGAAGUGGAGGUGGUCAGUGGCCUGCCGAGGUCUUUGCUAGAUAUUAUCUCGUGUAUUGGCCAUGGGUCUACCGAGGAGGACUUUUGGAACUGGCCGGGUAGUCCAGGUAGUCUGUCCCAGCACCAGCUGUGGGAAGCGUAUCGACUAGCCGGGAUGUUGGCUAUCAGAGACGGUCACUUACUGUUGGUUCCCCAACUCAGUGGAACACUGACAGGAACCACCGUGGAAACGAAUGGGGCAAGCAGUCGGCCCAUAAUCCUGCCGACCACUACUGUGAUUGUCUCCCGUAUUGUGAGCCAUCUGGACGCCCUUCGCAGAGCGUUUACUGAGACAGAGGAUGCUGGGUCGUUGAUUAUCAACGCGAUUAAAUAUCCUGCCUUUAUCGCAGGGCUACAGGCGGACAUCGUCAAUGCACAACCGGAAUUUAAAGAUGUGCUUCGAUGUUGCCUAUCCACAUAUGACCAUCCAUAUGGAUUUGAGAGAGAUUUUGAGCUAUUAUUAGAGGUCCUUGAGGAAUGGUGGGUACACCACCAUAACAUGGCAAACGCGCAUGAGCUCGCUUUGGUUCGUGGAAUGGAAAUUGGGCUUCUAUAA